GAAAAUCGUUCCGAUCCGGAUCAGUAGUGAGUAAAAAGCCGCGCGUGCAAGAGAGAGAAAGGUUCCCCUCGUCUCGUCGUGUAUAAAAUGUUCUCCGAAUACCUGCCUUUCGUGACGAAAUAUUUUUAUCAUAUAUUAAUUGCCGUUGUUUCGUUGGUUUUAUUCAAUAAAUUUUUCGGAUGGCCGGACAAGAGAAUCGCUCCAAGUGGGACACGCGCAUUCACGGCGUCUGACGAAUCUACGGAUCCGAGUGAAAAGGCGGAUGAAGAGUUGCUUGAAGAGGUCCAAGAAGAGCCUGCCUUACCAAAGGAUCUCAAGCACAUUUCAUAUCAGUAUGUCCGGCUACCCGAAAAAGAAAUGCUGUCUCGGGCGUCAGAAUUUUAUCAAAUAGCAGCCGCGAGACGUACCUUAAGAUACUUCAGCGCAGAUCCCGUCCCAAAGGAAGUUAUCCGCGAAAUUAUAAAGGCCGCAGGUACUGCUCCCAGCGGCGCGCACACAGAACCAUGGAGCUUUGUCGUGAUAUGCAAUCAAACUAUGAAAUCAAAAAUCAGAAGUAUCGUGGAACAAGAGGAGGAAAUCAAUUACAAAAAAAGAAUGGGCGUGAAAUGGACGACCGACUUGUCUCCGUUGAGGACCAAUUGGAUAAAGGAAUAUCUCACUAUUGCCCCGUAUCUGAUACUCGUGUUUAAACAGAUCUACGGUACAUUGCCAAACGGAAAAAAAAAGAUCCAUUAUUAUCAUGAGAUGAGCGUUUCUAUUGCGUGCGGAAUCCUCAUUACUGCCAUACAGUACGCCGGUUUAGUGACUCUCACAUCAACACCAUUGAAUUGUGGACCGGCUAUACGCAGUCUUCUUGGACGUCCAGCGAACGAAAAGCUCGUGUUACUUCUGCCGGUCGGCUAUCCAGCCAAAGACGCCACUGUACCUGAUUUGCAACGAAAGCCUCUAUCCGAAAUUUUAAUUGAGAUUGAUUAACAAAAAUAUUGAAACGAGAAAAAUUCGUGUGAAACGUUCUAUUACCUUAACAUAAUAUUUGAUAAUCAAGAGAAUAUAUUUCAUCAUAUACUUUCUUAUAAUUUACAUGGACAGAUUGAAAGUAGGAGUAUCUGAAAUAAAUAAUCAAACAUGCAUUUAUGUUAGCACUAUUUUUAUGAAAAAAUGUUAUAUAUUUUUCGGAUUGCUAACUUUUUUUAUAUCUUACAUAGAGUAAUUAUUAGCUACAAUAGUAAAAUGUAAUAUUUCUUGUCUCUUAUAAAACAUUGCCAAUAUUACAAAGUAAGUGUAAAGUUCAAAAAAGAGCUAAUCCCUGAAAUGUAGCACCUGUUUGAAUCGUGUCGUUUGUGUUAUAUAACUUCUCUCCUUCUCUCUCUCUCUCUCUCGCAGUUGAAAUGUGUACAAUGGCACGCAAUAAGACUGUUCUAAACUUAAUAAUCCAGUUUGUAUAAACUAAUGUUUAUUCCAAUUUGUAUACAUAAUGUUAAAAAUAAGUGAUAUAUAAGUUCGAUCAGGAGAGAAAAACUUAAGAAUGAGUCGGCAAAAAAUUUGAGUGAUGUAUAACACUAUUUAUACAAUUAGGCGGUCGUAAAAUCAUCAAAUUACGAAAUAAAGUUUGUCAUUAAAAAUACCAAA